GUUGCGCGCGCAGGCCCUUCAAAGGGCCUGGCUCAGCGGGCCAGGCAGGAGCGAGCUCCGCCUGCUGUGCGCUGCCUAGUGGGGUGGCCCCCAGGGCAAACAGAGACGCACGCAGACGCUGCUGCUUGGGGCCCGGUCAUGUGGGGCUACCGCGGGUUGAGCUGCGCAGGCCGGGUUCUGCUUGGUGUCCCGCGGGCGGCCGGGGGCUGGACCAGCGGCCGCCGCCCGCUACAGCCCGGUCUGAGAACGGUAAAUGUGAUCUUUCGUAAUCUUGACACUGCUGCUGAUUGUAGUCUUUCCUAUAAAGAACUCAAAGGCUUGCUAAAAUCCCAAACAACUCUUAUUGAUGUUCGAGAGAAGUGGGAAAUUGGACAGUUUGGAAAAAUUCCUGGAUCCGUCAACAUACCAUUGGGUGAGGUUGUGGAAGCUCUACAGAUGAACCCAAAAGACUUUAAAGAACGGUACAAUCAAGAUAUGCCUGCUAAAUCCGACCAUCUAGUCUUUUCCUGCAUGGCAGGAGUGCGAAGCAAGAAGGCAUUGGAUAUUGCUAUGUCUUUGGGCUUCAGCAGAGUUCAGCACUAUGCUGGUGGCUUGGAGGAGUGGGCAAAGUAUGAACCACCAGAGAAAAAACAAUGAUGAUGAAUUUUGGAAUAUGCCUUGUUACAGUGUCCUGAAAUUUACACAAGCCUAGUAAUAUCUUGUAUGAAAUAAGAUUGAGAAUGUAGUGUGAAGGGGAAUGAUUGUUUAUAUAUGUAAAGUUAAUACACACUGUUAAAUGUAGCUGGUUAUUCUGAAUUUAAAUUGAUUGAGAGUUGAAGAUUACAUGAGUAGACUGUUCAUUCUCCUUUGGUCAUAUGUUAAAAUUACUGUGGAACUACUCCAUGAAGAAAACUUAAAGCUACGGACUUCAUUGUAAAAACUGAACAUACUGUACCAAUAUGAUAUAUACAACAGGGGAUCAUGAUUAAACUUAUGGUGAGGCGUAACAGACUAUAUAUAAGUAAUUUUGUUAUAUAUUCCUCUUGGCACAGUUAUUUUAAUUGGGUUGGAAUGAUACUUUGCAGAUAAGUACUAAUUUACUCUGAGUAUAGCAGCUGUUCUUAACCUGUCUGUCUUGUCAGGAGGGCAAAUAAGAAGGGAGGAACAGAUCCUGCAAACACAAAAGGUGACACUCUCAAAUUUGACUGCAAAAUGUAAUGAGUCUGGCUACAGAAGCUAUGCCUGACUACAGAAGUUUAGUAACAUUUCUUUAAAAGCAAAUGUAGAGUUUUGGACAGAAAACUACAGACAAUUCAUAUACCUCCCUUAUGAGCCUAAUGUGAAAUAAGAAUUUAGGCGUAUGACUUGAUAGAAUAGAUGUGAUUGAUUUAGGUUAGGAUUCUUCAGAGCCCAACAGAGUUAGACACUGACUAGAUCUACAGCGAGAAACAUAAAUCAACAGUUAUUAGCAACCCUGCUCAAAUAAAGUACAUUUGCUAUUGUAUUACAGUAGAAUCCCUAUUUUCUAAACUAAUUUGGCAUUGAGUUCAUAAAAUUGAACAUUAUGAAGUUAUAAUAGGUAUGGUGCACAAGUUGUAGUAUGAUGCACUGCAUUAUUUUCUUGUCCUUCAUACUACUGCAAAGUGACUUCCAAUGCAUUGAAGGAAUCAGAAUAUGAAGGGAUGUCUACUUGUUGCUCUGACAUUUUCAUUAUGUAACACUUUCCCCAUCAGGAAAAAUGGCUUGUAUAACUUGUAGCUUAUAAAACUGAAAUUCUAUUGUGCUAAAAUUUGCAAUUUGUUGCAGGUUAGAUCACAAGCUACUCAGUGAGCCGCUUUGCCCCAUAACUUUCCAUGUGCAUAUGGGAAGAAAUGUGGAUUUUUCUUUUAGAUAUGGGUCUUCCUGGUUACUUGUGCCUGACUAGACAACUGUAAUGCUCUCUAAUGGGGCAACAACUAUUGAACCAUGGGUUCAGUGUGGGGUAUACACCUAUUUAUUGUAUAUUGCUAAAUGAGGGAGGGGAGAACUACCAGGAUAGAUUCUUGCUAAAUAGGAAUAGAGGGGUUACUGUAUAGGGAAAUGUUGAGAACCACUGCUUAAGUCCAUUUGCAAGUUAUUGAAACAUGAUUUAGCAGCACUUCAUAUGAUAAGUGAACUACACAUGUCCUCUAAUCUGUACAAAUAGCUUACCUGUAGAGUUGGAGUUUUGACUUAGCUGAAGUUGCAUAGACCAGGGCUAUGUGAAUAACAUAGCUGAAGUCGAUGUACUUAAAUCGACUCACCGUGAUUUCUUCACUGCGGUGAAUUGACUGCUGCCGCUCCCCCAUUGACGCUGCUUGCGCGUCUCACAGCGCUGAAGUACAGGAGUUGACGGGAGAGCACUUGGGGGGUCAAUUUAGCACGCCUAGACUAGACGAGAAAUUGAUUCUCCACUGAAUCGAUCACUACCUGCCAAUCUGGGGGGUAGUGAAGACAUACCCUUACCCUUCUUUGGCAUACUGCUUGACUAUCUGAUAGACCACCUCUUUAUGUGCAACCCCCAAAGGUGGGACUCACAGAAGCACUAAGCUAGCCAUCCCCUCCUUUUAAAGCAAGAGGGUGCUUUGGAAGGGCACUUUCCAACAAUCGAACUAUUCCAUCUCUCCUCCCAAGUUGUUUUGACAGAACCUUGAUUUGUUGGUGAAAAGGGCACACUUAAAAGUUCUCUCUUUUGCAGGUUUUUAUUAAGGGUGUUAACAGAUUUACUUUAGAGGGACAAUUGGGGUGUUUUUAUGUGUAUCUUAAAUGUUGUACAAAUGAGGAGGGACAAGUACUUUAAAAAAAUCUAAUUAAAAGGUGUAGACAUCCUACUAAAGGGUACCAGAAA